AUGAAGCCAGCAAAACAGAAGAAAUCUGAGCCUUUGAAAGUCCAAGUGGGACUAGUAACUUAUGAUUGUGAUGUAAACUACCUGAAAAAAGUUAAGGAAAGAACAAUUCCCAUUUUCCUGGAAACGGACGCAGAUGCUCACUCACUUCUUUCAACAGCUGUUGAAAAGCAUGGCAGACACUUUAAACACUUAGACGCCUCUCUUCCAUAUGUUGUCCUGUAUUUGGACAUGUCACUAGUGAAUUUUUUACCUCGUAGUGCAUUCAAGUUCACACUCCAGAAAUACAAAGACGACCUACUAAAGCUAUACUCCAAGAUCUACUUCUGGCUUUUCGCAAAAGAUGAUUUCGAAGAUUUUAAUGAAAGAUGUAGCAGUGAUGAAUCCGAUCUUGGUGGUCUUUCAAAGUUGUUCCAGUUUAUUACAGGAUCCCACAGCCUCACAACACUAGGAUCAGUAGAUAUCAUCAAAGUGAAAUUCAAGUAUGGGUGCCCACAUGGCUGCAGAUGUAGGCCUAAAGCAUCUACAUGUACAUGUGAUCCAACAAUCUACUUGCCAACCCAUUAUAAAGAUAUGGCACUGUUUGAGCCGAGUAUCAAUUCUGCAAUUGAAGGUGUGAGAUUUGGACUUAUAUAG